AUGGGCGAUCAAACAAUCAUGGCAGAUCAAGGAUCAGACGGUCCAGAUCCAAAAAUCUCAGAGGUUACCAGGGCACAAAGAACAUUGAGUGUUAGAAUUGUGGGAAGAUCGGGCAUUACAAAAACUAGUGCAGAGGUCCAAGAAAAGAAUCUAAGGAUUUGGAAAGCUAUGGUUGAAGAUGAAAUUGGUUUAAAAAUAAAGAAGCUAAGAACCGACAACGGAGGAAAUUCCAUGAGAUUACUUGAAGGAAUGUCUCCUCCACGUUCCUACCAUGCUGCUGCUGCUGUUGCCGCAACUAUGCUACUUUGCUUGUUGGCGUCACAACACCCAUCAGGCUGUUUUGGAACGGACAACGUGAUAAAUAGCACAAAUUGGAGGAAUCUCAGCGGCCAGAUGCACUGGGAUGGCCUAUUGGAUCCUCUCAAUUCCGAUCUCCGGCGGUACAUAAUUCACUAUGGUGAAAUGGCUCAGGCAACCUAUGACGCCUUCAACACUGAAAAAGCAUCCCCUUACGCCGGAAGCUGCCAUUACACCAAGAAGGACUUAUUUAGCAGGGUGGGCUUAGAUGUGGGGAAUCCCUACAAGUACAAUGUGACCAAAUUCAUUUACGCGACGUCGGAGAUCCCAGUGCCUGAUGCCUUCAUCUUGAAGCCAGUGUCGAGGGAAGCAUCGAGCAAGGAGUCUAAUUGGAUUGGGUACAUUGCAGUGGCCACCGACGACGGGGUCGUGGCGUUGGGGAGGAGAGAUAUUGUGAUUGCUUGGAGAGGGACAGUGCAGACACUGGAAUGGGUUGAUGAUUUGGAGCCCAAAUUGGUUUCAGCUCCAAAGUUAUUUGGAAAUCAAAGUGGUAAUCCUAAGGUGCACCAUGGCUGGUACUCCAUUUACACAUCCAAUGAUUCCCGGUCCUCCUUCAACCUCUCCAGUGCUAGAGACCAGGUUUUUGAUGAGGUUAAGAGACUAGUGGAGGAAUUGAAGGAUGAAAAUAUUAGCAUAACCGUGACAGGCCACAGCUUGGGUGCUGCACUUGCAACCCUAAAUGCCAUCGACAUAGUUGCCAAUGGACUGAACCAGCCCAUUGACCAGCCCGACAAGGCCCGUUCUGUGACCGCCUUUGUCUUUGCGAGCCCUCGCGUUGGAAACUCAGACUUACAAAAGUUAUCUACUGGGUUGAAUAGUCUUCGAGUCUUGCGCAUUAGUAACUUCCUGGAUAUUGUUCCCCACUAUCCAUUCUUUGGCUACUCUGAUGUGGGUGACGAGUUGCCGAUUGACAACCGAAAGUCAAACUACUUGAAGAGUCCUGGAACUGUGUCAAAUUGGCAUAACCUGGAGGCUUACCUUCACGGAGUUGCAGGAACACACGGAAACGAGAGUUUCCAAUUGGAAGUUGACAGAGACAUUGCACUCAUAAACAAAUCCCAGGAUGGUUUAAAAGAUGAAUAUCUUGUGCCAGUUGCCUGGUGGUGUGAGGAGAAUAAGGGUAUGGUUCAACAGGAGGAUGGUUCUUGGAAGUUGAUGGAUUAUGAGGGGGAUUAUGAUGAUUCUCAUUUUUGA